AUGAGAAACCCUCCCACUAUGACGAGGUACUGUCUGCAUUGGUACACUCUCAGUGUGCCGUGUUACGUCGAAAUCCGAUCGCCCCUCACCACCUCUAAUGCUCGAAAUCUGGCCGUGCCAAUCGCUACAACUCCGAGCGCCGCUGCUACUCCGACGAUUCACGCGAGCCUAUCUUCGACCGCCGCCUGCUCGCAAACCCUCGGCAACCAGCAACAACCGGCGAGCCCUCUGUUCCCUCCGCGAGCAGCAACCGUGCCGGCCUUCGAUGAACCUACAACCACAGCCACCAAGAAUCGCCGGCGAGCUCUUGACCUCCGCCAGCAACGGGCCGCGCGUGACGAGCAGCAGAUUCCGCUCCGCCAACAACCACCACCAGAUCCUCCCCCAACCACCACCAGCCCCGCCACCUACUCGAAACACCACCAGCCCCACCAUCGACACCAACCACCACCAGCCCUGCCACAGCCGCGAACAAACCCGCCACUGCACAACCACCGUCUGCAAUUAUCACCACCGCCAUAUAGCCUCUCCAGCCAACACCAACGUUGCUGUCAAUCUUCGUCUCUGAUGCCGUCGGCGCCGUCCAUCUCCUCUCUGUGUGUCGCCAUCUUCGGUGUCCAAGUUCAGGCAAUUUCCAUAAGCGCCGUCCAUCUCCUCUCUGUGUGUCGUCAAUGGAACACCUCCGAAAAAUGA